UGGUACGACGCGUACACGACACGACGUGUGAAUCGGGAUCGAAUGCAAUCGUUGAGGGCGCCUUUAGGCGGUAGUUCAAAAAAGAUAGGAAGAUGACUAUAUUUUGCGUAAUGUUAUAUUCAGUAAAUAAAAGCUGUUAAAUAAAGAUCUCUGACAACAAUGGAGAACAACGUUAGUUGUAUGUGUGUUUUUCGGGGUGUGGAAUAUGUUGUAACAGCAACAAGACUCAAUGAUGACCAGCUGAUGGUAGAGGUAGAGGACCGUGUCACUGCAGACCAAUGGCGUAAUACUUUUGAUGCAACUUAUAUAGAAGACUUAACACACAAAACAGGAAAUUUCAAACAGUUUUCAAUAUUCGUAAAUAUGCUUAAUUCUGCACUAGUGAAUCAGUUAACCUUGACCUUCUGACGUAUACUGACCUUGAAUCUUUACGGAAUCGCAAGGCAGGUGCUACUAGCAGGAAUAUUCCAGGUCCUCAGAAGGCUGCCCUCAAUUCCAAACGUUAUUUGAUUGUCACAUACACAGUUGAAUUUGACCGAAUCCACUAUCCUUUACCAUUACCGUACCAAGGCAAACCAGACCCCGUGCUUUUACAGAACACAGUUCGUGACUUAAAAAUAGAGAUUAAACAUUUAAAAAAACAGCUCCAGCCUGAAUAUAGGAAUGUGGAACUUCACAGAUUACAGAAAGAUUAUGAAAUUCUUCUGCAAGAAAAACAAGAACUUGAAGCAUCAUAUCUUCAGUUCCGACGAGAAUUGAAAAUGACAUCAAAGGGUUCGUCAGUGAAGGAAAUUCGCAUCUUGAAGAAUGCCGUCAAAAAUACUGAAGAAGAACUGAUAAAUGAGAGAAGGAAAUUCCAAAGAUCAACAGCCAAAAGAAAUCAAGAGUUCAAAAACCUAGUGGAAGAGGUGGAGGAACUUAGAGCAAGUGAGAGAAAUUUAAGGGUGAGAGUGAAGAGUCUAACUAAUGAGCUUGCUGUUUAUAAAAGAAGUGGAAGAUCUCCUUCAGUUUUACCACCAUCGAGGUUGUCUCACCAUAAACCAGUUCGGAAGUCAUUGAGCACGCAAGAAAGAGCACGUGAAGCUUCUAGGCAAAGGUCAAAGUCCCGGGAAAGAGCUUUUUCCAGGGAACCAAGGCACAGGUCUACUUCUAGAGGACGUACUCCAUCGUUGUCUUCUAUAGGCAGUCGGUCUCCUUCGCCGGCAGGUGCUCGUGUUCCUCGCUUUAAUCCAACAGCUUAUAUUGAAGACAAGAAAAAAAAGCAACAAGAAACUAAGUCUAAAAUAGAAAGGCGAAAACGAUUUGAUAUAUCUGGUAUAAGUUCACUGGAUAGAAGAUCGAGGUCAAGAUCAAGAACACAAAGGAAAACAGGUAACUCCAGGACAUCUUCAGUAGACAGUAGGGGUAGUCGACGUUCCUCUGCUGGAUUGAGUGAUGUUGAGUACAUGUCGGAUAAUUCUCAAGGCAGAAGUAGGGAAUUACAAGGUGUUUUGAAGCAUGGUAGAACACCAAACUCAUCAUAUUGGGUUAGUCCAAAUGUGACUUACAAGAAGAGCAGUGUAGGCAAGGCAAGAAGAGUGAUGAGUACCCCAGAUCCAGUGGCUGAUCACAGUAGGGUACGCAAACCACUUGCAAAUAAAACCAAUAAAAGGAAAACAUAUCAAGAUGAUUAUUACGACAGGAGCGCUGAGAUGUCAGAUAUUGACGCAAGGUUGGUGGCGCUGCAAGAAUUCAUGAAAACAAACAUUGAAUGAGUGAUUUCUGUGGCAAAUCACAUUUAGCACGUCCUUGAUGAAAUUAAAAGCCACCGGAAAUGCAGAUUUAAACAAUGAAGUUCAAAAACCUUCCUCGUUACCUUGCCUGACUAAUGCUCGCAUUUCGUUAUCUUAUUUAUAUACACCU